AUCUUGGAGCAGUUGCACAGUAAUGGCUGUUCUGAUGAUCUGACUGCUGUGACACUAAGGGGACUUCCGCUCUAAUCUGAAAGCAACAUGAACAUACAGCAGUGUGUCAAGCUCACAACCAGGCGAGAGAAUGAAAAUAGAAAAGAAAAAAAAAGUGUGGUUGUCCAUUUCCUGUGAAAAGCUUUUGUCUGCUGAUGUUGAGAGUAAGAACUAGGAAGAGAAACUCGAUGCUCGCUGUUCAGCCUAGUCACCGGUAGUGCAGAGGAGAUCUCUCGUUCUCUCUCUCGGGGUCUCUUUCUUUCUCUCGCUUCGAGUGUAACUUUUUAACGGUUUGUUCCGUGAGCAUAUGAGGCCAUGAGGCGAGCAGCGAAGGGGAAAGGUCAGGAGAGUGCGGGCAGCUCUCUGCUCAGUCCACAGGAGAAUGAGAGGCUGGAGGAUCUGCUGGGCAGGAGGUGUGUGGUAAGUUCAGGGGCCUUCAAUACAGAGACCAGGCUUAAGUCUCUGUCCUCAGCGGUUGUGCAGUUGCUUAUGGCUGUUCCGAGUGACCCGAACCGCUGGACACCUCAGCAAUCUGGAGUAGUUUGUUUCGUCAAGGACAGUCUUCAGCGCUCCUUUUUCAUCCGUCUCUAUGACAUCAAGGCAGGGAAGCUGGUCUGGGAACAGGAAAUCUAUAACCAGUUGAUGUACCAAAGAGUCAAGCCUUUUUUUCACACUUUCCCUGGAGAUGAUUGUCAAGUGGGGUUAAACUUUGCAGAUGUUACAGAGGCUGAAAAUUUCUUUGCUGUAGUGGAGGACAAGAUCAGCCAGAGAAAUAAUCGCUUUGAGAAAAAGCAGAGAAAAGGAUCAGAAUCUAGAGAUCGUGGAGCUUUGCCACUGCUUCCUCGACCAAAUGGCUCUGGUACUCCUACCUCUCCUGCCAUGCCUCCAAUGGUACCAAGUAAUGUCCAGAUCCAGAACCAAAUUACCCCUUCCAAAUCAAAGAAAGAAAAGAAAGAAAAAGACAAGAAAAAUAAGAAAAAAUCAUCCAAACUGUUGAAGGGUGAUAUUGGAGCACCCAGUGGAUUCACGCAUGUCAGUCACCUAGGCAUGGGUUCCAACGAUUUGGACCCAGACCUGAAGAAACUUCUGUCCUGUGCUGGGAUCAGCGAAGCAGAUAUGAAUGAUUCGGAAACCUCUCAACUCAUCUAUGAUGUCAUUGAGCGUUCAGGUGGAAUGGAGGCUGUUAAAAAGGCUGUGAACGAGCAGGAGUCUACUCGCCCUCCUGUUCCUAGUGGACAUCGGGGUUCUCUUCCUCAAGUGCCAUCCGGGUUCUCCUCAGCUCCACCGCCACUACCUCAAGGGCGUUCGGGGCCUCUACCACCUGUCCCCGGUCAAUCCUCUGCUCCACCAUCCCAUCGAGGUUCCCUUCCACCCACACCUCCAAGAGCAGUAGCAUCACCACAAACACUCGAGGGCCGCGGUGGUCCUUCGUCUGCCCGAUCUGCAUCAUUAGGGCCCCUGCCACCUGUUCCCGGUGGGCGAACUGGGCCCUUGCCUCAACCUCCAGGAGUCCGCAGCGCACCCUUACCGCCUCCACCUGGAGUUCGAAGUGGAGGCGUACCCCCGCCACCACUCCCAGGAGAACGUAGGGAGUCUUUAGCACCCAUUCCAGGAAAGAGACCUGGACCACAAAUGUCUGAAAGGCGAGGUAGUUCCCUGCCGCCCCAUCCUACUGAGGCAGCUCCCCCACCACUACCUCCAGGAAUGAGGAGUGCACCCUUACCCCCACCUCCAAGAGACAAUAGAGGAUAUUUGCCACCUCCACCGCAAUCUGAAAUGCCGCUACCUCCUCCCCCAUCUGAUUUUUUCCCUCCUCCACCUUGUGAAUCAUUUCCUCCACCUCCACCUGCAGACUUUGCUGAUUCUGCGCCUCCACCUUGUAACUUUAAAUCCAGCUUUCCUCCCCAAAGCAAUUCCUCAGGCUUCGCCCCUCCACCCCCUCCAGUCUCAGCCAAACCCAGUGCAGGAGGUCCACCUCCGCCGCCACCUCCUCCACCUCCUGCUGCUCCUCCUCCAGUGAGUUUUGGAAGCAACUCCUCAUCUCCGACUGGUCCACCACCUCCAGCAUCCAGCGGUGGGGAAGUAGGUAGAGGAGCAUUACUAUCCCAGAUACAAUCCGGAAUGAAACUCAAAAAGGUGAGCGCAAGCUCAGAACCCCCUUCACCUGCACUGGAUUCAGGAGAGGGAAUAGUUGGAGCUCUCAUGAUGGUGAUGCAGAAGAGGAGUAAAGUCAUUCAUUCAUCUGAUGAUGACGAUGAAUUUGAUGAUGAAGAGGACGAUGAUGAAGAGUGGGAUUAAUCCUGUUGUAAUUGAAAUAUUUUCCAUACAUGUACUCGGGUAGCUUUACAUGUUUUGGAAGUUAAACAACACUUAUCCUAUGCUUUUCCUCUAGGGAUGGACUGAUAUUCAAAUUCUGGCCAAGUUAAGAGAUAAUUUUCAGGUUAUAGUCGAUAACCGAUGGCUGAUGUUAAAAUUCUACUAUUAUUCCCAAAUAAAAUAAAAAUACAACACUGAUGACUAAAAUCAGUUGUUUGAAAUGUAACAAGUGAUUUUAGGCAUCACAACAUUAUAAUAUAAUGUAUGAAAAAUGGAUAUUCAUUUUUAAAUUUGCUUUGAUAUCACAUUUAACAGUGUUGUUAAAAUUAUAUUAUUUUUUAAAAAUUUACUUAAAGGG